AUGCAACAUCCCAGCCUCCUUCUGAUCCUGUGUGUGCUUGGCCGAGGCCAGGCAGACACGGAGAAGAUCGUCAACGGAGUGGAGUGUGUCCCACACUCGCAGCCGUGGCAGGUGGGACUGUUCGAGGGCACGAACCUGCGCUGCGGCGGGGUCCUCAUCGACCGCCGCUGGGUCCUCACCGCUGCGCACUGCAGCGGCAGGUACUGGGUACGCCUGGGGGAACACAGCCUUAGCCGGCUGGACUGGACCGAGCAGAUCCGGCGCAGCGGCUUCUCCGUGACCCACCCGGGAUACCAGGGUGCACGGCAGAACCACGAGCACGACCUCCGGCUCCUGCGGCUGGGCACACCUGCCCGGCAGACCCGCAGCGUGCAGCCCCUCCCCCUGCCCAGCGCCUGCGUGGCCGCCGGCACGGAGUGCCACAUCUCCGGCUGGGGCACCACCAACCAGCCAUGGAGCCCAUUCCCUGAUCGGCUGCAGUGCCUCAACCUCUCCACCGUGUCAGACACCGCCUGCCAGUCCGUCUUCCCUGGUAGGAUCACCGACAACAUGCUGUGCGCCGGCGGCGUGGCGGGCAAGGACGCCUGCCAGGGUGACUCUGGGGGCCCGCUGGUGUGUGGAGGCGUCCUCCAGGGGCUGGUGUCCUGGGGCUCCGUGGGCCCCUGUGGGCAGAGAGGCAUCCCAGGAGUGUACACCAAAAUCUGCAAAUACGUGGACUGGAUCCGUGGGAUCAUGAGGAACAAUUAG